AUGGGAAAGGAACAGGAACUAUUGGAGGCGGCGCGGACGGGCAAUGUGACACUGGUGGAGAAGCUAUUAAGUGGCAAAAAAGGAUUACUGGGCUCGAGCUCUGGAUCCAUACCUCUUCCCAAUUUACUGAGUAUAUGGAGAGGCCUAAAUGUCAACUGUGCAGACAGCUCAGGAUACACACCCUUACACCAUGCCUCUCUAAACGGACACAGGGAUGUGGUGUUGAAGUUAUUGCAGUAUGAGGCCUGUACUAAUGUGGCAGACAGUAAGGGAUGUUUCCCUCUUCAUCUGGCUGCAUGGAGAGGCGAUGUAGACAUCGUUCGAAUCCUCAUCCACCACGGCCCGUCCCAUUGCAGGGUCAAUGAACAGAAUCACGAGAAGGAGACGGCUCUGCACUGUGCGGCUCAGUACGGUCACUCAGAGGUAGUGGCUGUGCUGCUGCAGGAGUUGACUGACCCCACCAUGAGGAACAGUCGUGGAGAGACUCCCCUUGACCUGGCAGCUCUGUAUGGCAGACUGCAGGUGGUCCGUAUGCUGGUCAGCGCCCACCCCAACCUCAUGAGCCUCAAUUCCCGAAAACACACGCCCCUCCACUUGGCAGCACGCAAUGGUCACUACUCUACAGUACAGGUACUGCUGGAGGCAGGCAUGGAUGUCAACACACAGACAGAGAAGGGCAGUGCUCUUCAUGAAGCAGCUCUCUUUGGAAAGAUGGAUGUAGUCCGCCUUCUGCUUGACUCAGGGAUUGAUGUCAACAUCCGAGACUUCCAAGGAAGAACUGCCCUGGACAUCCUAAGAGAACACCCAGCUCAGAAAUCACAGCAAAUAACUGCACUCAUACACGACUAUAUGAUGGAGGAGAAUGAUAGUAUGCGCGUGGUGGAGGAGCCAGUUCGCCAGUGUCCUGUCCCUACACCCCGCACCUCAAUACCUUCACCUGCUGCCUCACCAUCCCUCAGGCACAAGAACGAUGCUGUGACAGGGGAGCUGUCUAAGCUCCUGAAUGAUAUAAAGAUGUGUCGGGACAGGGACUACUCUUUUGAGGAGCUCUGCCAGACCAUCUCCACACACUCCCACUCCAUGGAGAGCUUCGGCAGUGGGCGCCUCUCUGACGAGGAGCGUAAUGGCACGCUCGGGCGCCUCAGCAAGCGUCCUUCUCCUCUGUUGCCCGCAGCGCUGGAGGAGGAAGAGAAGACUUGCGGGCCAGGUGGCUUGUGGGAAGCACUCACACCCUGCAAUGGCUGCAGGAACCUGGGCUUCAGUUCCAGCAUCUCUCAGGACUCUAAGCAUUCUCUGGAGCUUGUGCAGUCUCCAUCACUGGAUGUUUUUUUACCAGAAGACGAGGAUAAUCCCUAUGAGUCAGUGGCCACCGCGGUCACACGCAAGCCCUGUUCUCUGGACAUCCACCGCCUCAACGCCUGUCCCAGGAAGGGCCAUUCCCCCCAUGUGUCGGUCACAGAGCCAGAUCUGUGUAACCAUGGUGACCACUCCUCAGGGCCGACUCCAGACUGCUCACCUCCCUCCCCUGACACAGCCUUGAAGAACAUUGAGAAAGUCAUCCGCCCCCAGCCCAAACAGCGGACAUCCUUGUCCUCAUCUCAGGACGUACAGAGGACCAAUCAGAGCUGUGAGCCCUCUGAGGUCAGUUCAUCACUAGGUUACGCCAGCUUCAGCACCAGCCCCCCCGCCAGCCCCCCCAUCAGUCCAGCCAACUACUCCACUGGCUCUACAGAGGACUGUGGCCUGACAGACCGAGUCCAAAGAGAUCCCACCCUCCCUCCCCCUUUAUCUUCUUCUAAGGAGGGCAGUGUACGAGACGACAGACGGGACAGCCACAUUCCUGAGCAGUUUGCCGGGCUGCUGCACGGUUCUUCCCCAGCGUGUGAGUCACCUGACAACCCUUACCAACUCUACAGCAAAGUCCACAAGUUCAAUGUCCCGGAGUCUGCUCAUCGUCAUAGCAACCUGCUCCGAGCCCCCGAGUACAUCAUCGCACCUUUCCCCCGCACGGGCAGCGAAGGCUCUGCCCUGAAGAACCAGCGUGAGGCCAAACCGCAGGUCGUUUACCGCACCAUCUUCCACACACGGGUCAACCAAAACCAGUCAUCUGCUCAGACCAACACUGAGGCAAAACAGGGAGGCCCCGCGCGCACCCAUGUGAGAAACGGAAAGGUGUCGAGUAUUGGUGGAAGCAGCAGUAUAGCAGCGAGCUCCAGUCUGACAUACCCAGUGAGUGGAUGUAGUGUUGGAGGUGGAUACGAGGAGCGAGCCUGCACCCUUGGGAGGAUGCGCUCCAUGCCCCGAAACGUGCUCGACCUGCAACUAUCCAAAAACUUCUCCAAAUCUGACUCCAACUUGGUAGCUGUGUCACCCAUAGAGGAGGAGCACUGGGCAGCCCGGGGCCAGAACAGCCCAGGGAAAGGCAGCCCCAACCGAAUGGAGAGGACUCCCUCCUUUACUGCAGAAUGGGAGGAGAUUGAUAAAAUUAUGAGCUCCAUAGGAGCAGGGAUUGGGACAGAGCUGGAGGACACCAAGGAGGAUUCAGGGCCACGCUGCCCUGUGCAGUCCGUGGGACAGUGGCUGGACAACAUCGGCCUGGUCCAGUACGAGAACCACCUGCUGGCCAACGGCUUUGACAACGUGCAGUUCAUGGGCAGUAAUGUGGUGGAGGAUCAGGACUUGUUGGAGAUUGGAAUUCUAAACUCCGCCCACAGACAGCGUCUUCUGCAGGCCAUCCGACUCCUGCCUAGGGUGCGACCCAUUGGCUAUGACGGAAACAACCCCACCUCAGUGGCGGAGUGGUUGGAGUCACUGGAGCUGGGCGACUACACCAAAUCCUUCCUCAUUAAUGGCUACACCUCCAUGGAGCUGGUGAAGAAGAUCUGGGAGAUUGAGCUCAUUAACGUACUCAAAAUCAAUCUGAUUGGUCACAGGAAAAGAAUUCUUGCAUCGCUUGGAGACCGGCUCCACGACGAUCCUCCACAGAAACCCCCAAGAGCCAUCUCUCUAAGGGAGCCGAGUGGGAAUCACACUCCACCGCAGCUAUCUCCGUCUUUAAGUCAGACAGCGUAUCCCAACGCCGGCUCUCUGGACGUGCAGCACCUCAUCAUGCAGGCUGACGCCCGACGCCGACGCAAUGACAACUACUUUGACGACGUUCCACGCUCCAAACUGGAGAGACAGAUGGCCCAAGUCAGCAUGCAAGGGGAAUGGUGUGAACCAAUCACACUGCGUCCUCCUAAUGAGGCAACUUCAUCAACUCCUGUACAAUAUUGGCAACACCAUCCAGAGAAGCUUAUAUUCCAGUCAUGUGACUAUGAGGCCUAUUAUUUGGGCUCCAUGCUGGUGAAAGAGCUGAGAGGGACAGAGUCAACACAAGACGCCUGUGCCAAAAUGAGGAAGUCUACAGAACAGAUGAAGAAGGUCCCUACUAUUGUCCUCUCUGUCUCCUACAAGGGAGUCAAGUUCAUUGACGCUACAAACAAGAACAUUAUUGCGGAGCAUGAGAUUAGGAAUAUCUCCUGUGCAGCUCAGGAUCCUGAAGAUCUGUCGACAUUUGCCUACAUCACCAAAGACCUCAAAUCCAGCCACCACUACUGCCACGUCUUCACUGCCUUUGACGUGAAUCUGGCCUAUGAGAUUAUCCUAACGCUGGGCCAGGCAUUUGAGGUAGCCUAUCAGCUAGCCCUGCAGGCCCGGAAGAGUGGUCAUGGCUCCUCCACACUGCCCGAGAGUUUUGACAGCAAACCGUCCAAACCCAUCCCCAAACCCCGUGUCAACAUCCGCAAGUCUAUGGAACAGCCCUCGAUGGAUCAAAAGGGCCACGGCAACGUUCCCUGGAUAGUGGAACCCGGUCAGGAGGCCAAGAGAGGAGUCAACACCAAGGCAGUGCCGGACGCCCAAGUCUAUUACUGUGGAAUGCAAAGAAUGUAGCCAGCCCCUAACAUGGACCCUCUCACACAUACAAUGCAAAAGGACUUCAAACUUGGAGCCAGUCUUUCAAAGUGUCAAAGGACUACACACACGGUGGACCCAUUUGAAAAAUGGUGUGUAAGGUCUACCAACCAACACUUUCCUCGUAAUCUUAAUGUUUUAAAGGACAACUGACAUGGACUCCCAGACUUUAAACGCAAGCACACUCAUGCAGAACAUACACAAACAGAGCUACAAGGACUAUGAAUUACACAGUCUGCCUAAUGUGAAUGUACACUCUUAUUAUGGCAGCCACAGCAGUGUCUUGGCAUCUGUUCCAAAUGUGUGGUGGGAAAUAGAACCUGUCAUGGAACUUUGAUGACUUUUUAUUGACAGCUGAGGGGAAGUUGAGAUGCUUCGGAGACGGUUACCAUGGCCACUGCAACAGAUUUACACACCCUUUUCCAUGUUGUCUUGCUGAGUUAAA